AUGGAGGGGACAGUUGUGAACGAUGAUGCGCUCAAGAGCGAGAUCCGUCAGGCGCUGAUCAAUCAGAAGGUGAAUGCCUGCCCAAUCGCUAUGAGGAUUGCCUGGCAUGCCGCUGGGACGUACGACAAAAGGGAUGGCAGUGGGGGGAGCGAUGGGGGUACCAUGAGGUUUGAGCCACAAGUCUACGACGAGGCGAACAAGGGCCUGUCCAUCAUCAGAGACCUCCUCCUUCCUAUCAAGGAGAACCAUCCCGAGAUAUCCCAGGCUGACCUCUGGGCGUUUGCCGGCUGCGCCGCCAUCGAAUUCCUUGGAGGACCCAAGAUCCCGUUCAAGUUCGGGAGGAGAGACGAUGAGAAGCCUGUGCGAGUCCCACCCAAUGGUCGCCUUCCUGACGCAUCUCAAGGAGCUGACCACCUUCGUCAAGUCUUCAACAGGAUGGGCUUCGACGACAAGGAGAUUGUCGCCUUGUCUGGCGGCCACACUCUUGGCAGAAUGCACGAGAUCAGGAGCGGGUACGACGGGCCAUGGACGCACACGCCGCUCAAGUUCAACAACGACUACUACAAGCACCUUGUUGAGAAGACCUGGAAGCUGAAGGACUGGGCAGGGAAGAAAAUGUACACUGACGUGGAGACUGGGACUCUGGGUAUGCUUCCGACAGACCUGGCUCUCAUUCAGGAUCCUUCCUUCAAGAAGUACACCGUCCAGUUUGCCAAGGACGAGAAGCUAUUCUUCGAGGAGUUCGCCAAGGCAUAUGCGAAGCUGAUUAGCCUUGGCUGCCCUCCUCGAUGCAACCCCUUCAACCAAGACGAGAAGGUCUCAGGGCGUGCGAAGGCGAGCAUGGAGUUCAGAGAGUAUGCAAUGCACGGAGCCAUUCUUCCAUGCAAGGAGCUUGCAAAGGGUGGGCUGGCAGAUGUGAAAGCUGUAGAACCGACGUCAGGAAGAACCGCUCUCCACAAGGCUGCAUUCUGGGGCCACCCCAAACCCUUCAUCUCGUUCCUGGUCAACGACUGCAAGAUCGACCCCAACGUCCAGGACAUCUUCGGUGACACUGCUCUCCACGAUGCCGCGAAGUUCGGCCAUGCAGACGUGUGUCAAGUGCUGGUAGAUGCAGGGACCGACUUGAUGUUGAGGAACAAGCACGGAAAGACCGCGCUCGAAGUUGCGCAGCUUCACUCACCUAAGUUUGCCCUCAAGGCUCCACCUGAAGCCGGCGGCUACCCCAAUCAUGCAGCUUGCAUCUCUAUCAUCUCAGCUGGAAAGAGAAGCAAGAUGUAAGAAGCUGGGAAGGGUCGGGCUGAAGCCAUAGCGAGCUUGGUGAUGUUGCCUGCGAUGCAUUUUUCAGUCACCGUCUCCUUGGGAUCAUCCUGCCUCUCUUGCUUGCAUGACUUGUCACCAUCGUGCAAGAGAAUCGAUGUUACACAAGUUGUACUUCACAUAAAAAACGUUGCAGUCGC